AUGUCAUUGGCGCCAGUUCCUGCUUUCGGUGCACCCGAUGCUGACCACUCAGGCUCCACUCCGGCCGCCGCAGCGCUGUCACGCAGCAUGGUUUUAGGCGUGACCACCAAAGGGGGGAGGAGGGAACUCGACGCGAGACGCGACUGCGCGCUGCAACGACGCGGCGGCGGCGGUCGCAUUCACUGGCGUCCAGUUCCGAAUGCAGACAAGCCGCUGCGCUUCGGCCUUCAAAAAAUGCGUCAGGCCGCGUUGGGCCCUUUUGCGGUAGAGAGGGGCUGUCGCUCGGUCGGCUGGAUCGCUGCUCGGCCCUUGGGGAUCGGCGGCUUGGCCGAACGAACGACAAGCUUUGCUACCGUAUCUGCCGGGAGAUCCGAGCUUGCGGGUGAUGCAAAGCUUGCCGCCCACGCCGUAAGCUCCGGUGCAGGGAUUCCGUGGCGAAGAGCCACCGAGAGCUGGCGGCCAUGCAUCCUUGCCAAGCCUCGGCGUCAAAGGUACCCGCUCCAGUCCGGCUCCCACAUCUUCAUGUCCGCAAGCUUCCCACGGCAGCUUUGCUUUUUUGGCGCUUCGAAAGACGAGGCCGAUGAUCAGGGCCCGUGGCUCAGGGCAGUGGCUGGUCCUGCAUGGCUCGAGCGCAAAAGAUUUGCCGCUGCUCGUUCGGACCGACGCCUGGAAUCUUCUCGGCGAGUCUCAGCGGUCAUUGCGUGGAUGAGCGAGAACGAGGCCCUGCCGAUCUCGGGCCAGCUCCUCAACACUGUAGUAGCCGCCCUUCUUACGCCGAGAGGCAAGACAUAUAUAGACGGCGCCCCCUGGGCGUACCGCAAAAAGGAAAGGCCAUCCGCCAGACUCUUCGUCAUCCCACCUCAUCUUCUCACCUCCUCUGCAAAGCUCCAUCCUCUUUGCUCUUCACAACCAAUCAUGGUCGCCAUCAUCCGCAGCAUCCUUGCGCUCGGCACGCUGGUUGCCGCCGUCACCGCCGCGUCGGUCGCACCGCGCAGCUCCAAGAUCACCUUCACCGUGUACAACAAGUGCAAGCACGAGUUUGCGCCCAUCUUUUCGCCUCCGCUCCCGGGCAAGUCGUCGUGGGCCGUGAUCCCGUCCGGCAAGUCGGCAUCCUUCUCGUUCUACUCGGACACCUACCGCGGCAAGGUCUUUUCGCCCCUGCGCCAGGCCAACACCACCACGGGGCAGGGCGCUACGCAGGGCGAAUUCGACCUCGCCACUGGCGACUACGACAUCUCGGUCGCCGACGGCUUCAACGUGGGCAUGUACCUCCAGCUUCUCGGCCGCCAGUACGACGGCUACUGCACCGCGGCCAUCUGCAGCUCGGCCGACUGCAAGGACGCAUACAAGGUCAGCAGCGGCCUCUUGUCAUCCAAGAGGGUUGGUGCGCGUACCACCAAGCCCAACCACAGCUGCCCAGUUACAUUCACCACUUGGAACGUCCAGUUCUGCUGA